AUUAUUAUAACAGAAUGCAAGUGUGAGCCAGUCCGUCUUCUCUUCUAUCAAGGUGCUCUUGCGCGCUCUCUGUAUUUCAAUGUCCUCCAGUUAAUGUUUUCACCGAUGACUGGCGCGAACCCCGGAAGAAAGAAUGACGAAAAUGAGCAAUCAGUUCAGAGCGUCUGACAAAUCCGCUCCUGUCCAGACGCUAGCGGACUCAACUUCCCCCGCUCUCUGUUUCUGUCUCGCCUAACAGAAACACUGGAGUGAAACAUGAACGAAUUUCACCGGCAAAGACUCGGUAAAAACGCGGUUGUCCUGCUGCUCGUGAUGAGCGCCGCUCGCUGCUGUCAAGCGUUCAACUUGGAUGUGAGGUUUCCAGUCGUCAAAGAGGGAAAAACAGCUGGCAGUUUGUUUGGACUUUCCGUUGCACUACACGAGCAGCUCGUAGGAGAGAAAAGACACCUACUUCUUGUAGGAGCACCGAAGGAGAAAGCAGAGUCGCAAAUGUCAGCCAAUGAGACUGGAGAUGUGUAUGCCUGCCCAAUCACCACAGACCACAAAGACUGCAAAAGACUGAACCUUCUCAGCUCGGAUCCUGAUAACAUAAAUGAUAUGAUGGAUGGGAUGUGGCUAGGUGUGUCGUUAGCCAGUCAGAGUCAACCAGGGGGACGUGUCCUGGCCUGUGGCCAUCGUUAUAUACGAAACAUGUCAACCAACUUUCGGAUGAUUGGGAAGUGCUAUGUUCGUGGAAAUGAUUUAAAAUAUAACCAGGCAGACUAUCAGUGGCAGUCAAACAAGGAGGUGUGUGACCCCACAAAUAAUAAGGAUAGAGAAGGCAUGUGUCUUGCUGGGAUGUCUGCUGCCAUCACUCAGACUGAGAUCUUCCUGGGUGCACCUGGAUGCUUCAACUGGCAAGGAAACACAUUUUCACAGUGGCAUAACCCUGCAGAUAAUUAUGAUGACGUUAAGAGCAAGAUUCUGGACUUGAAUAGAGGGAAUAUUUACAUUGGUUACUCUAUAGCUGUGGGUCAAGGUGUGUUGAGCAAAGACAAAAUAACAGUGGUAACAGGAGCUCCAAGAGAUGAGGCCAGAGGAUCUGUGAUGAUGGGUGAAGUUCAUAAAGGGUCUCCUGAAGGAGAAGUCAAAAUAAACGCAAGUGUCACGGGAGAACAAGUUGGGUCCUAUUUUGGCAGCAGCGUUGCUAUUGUUGACCUUAACAAUGAUGGUUGGAAGGAUCUGAUUGUUGGAGCCCCUUUCUAUUUCGACCGGAGAAACGACGGAAAAGGGGGGGCAGUGUAUGUCUAUAUGAACCAGGGCGGCUCCUUUAGUAACAAAGCUGACGUGGUGCUCACUGGGCCUAAGGACUCAGCUUUCGGCAUGGCUGUUGUUGCUAUUGGUGAUGUUAACCAGGAUAGCUUUCAAGAUUUUGCUGUUGGUGCUCCAUAUCAUAAUACAGGCAGAGUAUCGAUAUGGAUGGGCAGCAAACUGGGUAUUUCCCAAACACCUAGUCAGGUCAUUGAUGGAAAAGACAUCCCCGGUGGUGGGUUCCACACGUUUGGUUAUUCCAUCAGUGGUGGUGUGGAUGUGGACAGGAACAGUUACCCAGACAUAGCGGUUGGAUCAUUAGAUGACCGCGUGGUCUUGCUAAGAGCACGUCCUGUGAUUCACCUAAAGAGUUAUCUCACUGUGACACCGGAGGUUAUCAAACCAGAGGAGUGUGAUGACUGUAUUGAAGCAAAGGUCUGUUUGUCCUACACAUUCAGCACUGCCAGUGCCAGUUCCCAGAAGAGUAUCACCUUUCAAUAUACAGUGGAAGCCGAUCAGCAAUCGUCUCGGAGCCCUCGUGUUCAAUUCCUUGACGACAAAGUUUCCAAACACACUGGCGAAAUGUCUGUUGCUGCUUCUGAAGUUUGUCGUUCUCUGAAACUCAAGCUAGUGUCCAAGACGAUCCAAGACAAGGUUGCUCCGAUAGUUUUCUUGCUGAGCGUGUCUUUGGUGGAGCCUGUUCCCUCCAGCGGGCAGAAACUAGAAGACAUCAAUGCCUUUCCUGUGAUCAGCCAGAAAGAUGCUCAGCCUAAAAGAGCUGAGAUUCACAUUCAGAAAGCCUGUGGAUCAGAUAACAAAUGUGAGAGCAACCUUCAGAUGACGGCUGCAUUCACAGAUGAGCAGAACACACCGUUUCCCACGAGGAAUGGCCAGCAGCUCCUUCUUUACACUACUGAGGUGAAGAAGCUGAAGUUGAUGGUGAAUGUGUCCAAUGUCCCAUCUCAGGACAGGAUAGCAGAAGAUGCUUACAAUGCUUUUCUAAAUGUCACCUUUCCCGCCUCGCUCAGCUUCUCCAGCGUAAACCCCAAGAUCUUGAUAUGUGAACCGUCUGAUGGGGCGGUUCUGUGUACACUGGGGGACCCCUUCAAAAGUCAUCAGAGCGUGGAGUUUGAGAUCAUCUUUGAAACGACAGGAAUCACAAUAGGCAUGCAGGAGAUUCAGACUGAACUGCGGCUCUCAACGCGGAGCGAUCAGAAUGAUCUACGGCCCCUGUCGAGAGUACUGAUGGUGGAGUACGAACUAAAGCCCUUCUUUAUCCUUUCAAACCAGUUUAACACAGAAUUCAGUGGGAAAGUGAAAGCAGAAUCAGCCAUGAAAAGUACCAGUGACAUUGGAAGCCCAGUGGAAUUCAACUUGACGGUGACUCUUUCUGGAAAACCUCUGGGAAAUCUGGGGUAUCUGGAAGUGGUCUUUCAGUGGCCUUAUGCUGUAGCUAAUCGGAAGUGGCUGCUUUAUCUGUCAGAGAUUGAGAUGACGGGAACCUCCGAGCCAUUCUGUGUCCCUGAAAAUAAAGUUGUAAACCCCCUUAAUCUGGAUGUGUCAGAGCGCAAGACUAGAAGGAGGAAAAGAGACGUGAGCUCCUUAAAGUCUGAACAGAUCCUCCUGAAGCUGCAGGCCGUCCAGAGGACACCUUCUGCCAGCCUGGACUGUGACUCAGGUACGGCCCUCUGUCAGACCUUCACCUGCCCCUUGCUGGGCAUGGACACCUCGGCCAAUCUCACGGUCCGAGCACGCGUAUGGAACAGCACGAUGCUUGAGGACUACAAGGGUGCAGGAGUAUUUGUGACCGGUAGAGCCACACUGAGUCUAAAAACAGACAAACCAAGCAUCAGGAUGAGCAAUAACACCCGUGAGUUUACAGUAGCUAUAGACCCUGCAGAGGGGGGAGAGCUUCGGUAUGAAGUUCCUCUGUGGAUAAUCAUAGUGUCUGCGUUGGCAGGAGUGAUUCUGUUGGGACUGAUUGUCAUUUUACUGUGGAAGAGUGGCUUUUUUAAGCGGGCUGCCUACUUUCAAACUAUGCCAACAUACCAAGGCAUGAGGAUUUACAAGAAGGAACAGUACCAGGUAAACCAGGGCUUUUUAAUAGUGGACACCACAAAAAAUAAGAAACACUGGAUCACAAGCUGGACUGAAAAGACACAGUACUACUGAUGAAAGCACUCUUACAUUGUCUCUUUUAAGCAGUGGAAUGGACUUUACCCAAACAAUACCUGAUUUGAUUUGAACAACUUCUGGGUAUCAGAUAUAAUUGAAAAUGUUCAUUCAAAACUCUCAAACAUGAACUGAUUGUCCUGAAGACUAUGUGUGAGAUUACAUAUUGUAUUGGUGUUUAUUUUGGUUACAGUUUUUCAACAGAAUACAUGUAUUAUGUAUGCUGACGGGCUCAAUGAUAAGGAUUUUCCCUGCUGGCUCAGUAGUUCAGAUUUGUGCUUGGCCUGCCAACAUUUUAACUGUCACCCACCACAAAGGAAAGGAUCCAUUUUUAUAUUUAUGCUCUUAAAAAGGAAGGUUCUUCGUUGGCAUCUAUGGUUCCAUGAAGAACCUUUAACAUCCACGGAAUCCUUCCAGUGCACAAAUGAUUCUUUAUAGUGGAAGAAUGUUAUUUUAAAAGUUCUUUACACUAAGAAUUUUUUUUUUUUUUUAAGAGGGUUCUACUGAAAAUUUCUCUGGGGAAUCCAAAUAGUUCUUAUAUGGAAUCACAGCAAAACCCGCUAUAGUAACCUUUCUUUUUAAGAGAAUAGCAAUGUGUUUUUACUGUAUAUUUGCUAUAAAUAUUUUUUCAUUAAAUGUUACAUUUUAUUUUUUUAUUGAGUAAAAUUAUUUGAUUAUGAUUGCAAGACAACAACAUGCAACAAGCUGGAAGUGAUUCAGCUAAAAUGUAAUGUAAUUCAUUUCUGCUGAAAAACAAUGGCUUACACGUACAAUUUCCUAGCAAUUUCUGAGUGAAAAUGUUUGUUUGUUUUGUCAAAGUACAAAGAAAUGGCAAGUAAUGAAUUGAAUUAAACAUGACAUUUUAAAGUAAAAAAAAGUCAUAAAUAGUAUUUUUAAGGUGUACUCCAGUAAUCUUUUACAUUUAUUUUUUUAUAACUUCGAAAAAUUAUUUUUAUAGUGUAGCCUACAGUGCAAAACAUAUUGGCAUGUAGUUUUCAACACAUUUUGAUUCUGUCAAGUCAUUUUAUUUUCAGAUUUAACAAAAAUGUAUAUUUGUUGACCAACAAGAUGAAUACAGCCAAACGCUUAAGUGUGAAAUUCAUAAUAAUGGAUGUACAAAACUAAUGAUUUGUGAAUUUGAAAUCAGUAUAAAAUUGUCAUCCACUUUUCUAGUGGGUCAUCCUUGUUGUUAAGGUCUGUGUUGUUUGGUUUUCGUUCUUUCGCUUUUGUCUGUGUGAAGACUUGUAUGUUAUGUGCCCUGUAACUGAAAAUAGCACUGUAUUUUCUCUUCGACUUUCUAAUAAUGGUCAAAUCUGUUGGCCAGUCGUGACUCACUAUCCCUAUCAUUCGGUUCUUGCUUUAUAUAUUUUUAUCUUGCAUCAGGUCACGUUCAUGUGUAAAAAAGACUCAACAUAUGAAUGUGAAUCAUUCAGUGCAGGACAGCAAACAGACACAAAUACUCCUAGCCUAUGCAAUUGGGACAGUGCCUAAUUUCAAAUUCAGCCUCCUUUAGUGAGGUGGACAUAUAUGUGUGUUACAUGCCCUGAUUUUUGUUCAUUUUACAGUCAAGUUUUAGAUCUUGUUGGGGAUUAUGUCAGUUUUAAAUAUAACUAUGAAAUUUGUCAUGAUUUUGUGGGUAUGUUUAUACUCCAGUGAUUUAUAUUUGUAUUUAAAAUGUUUUUAUAAGUGGAUGUUGUUUACAUGUCUAACAUAAACAUUCAUUUGGUGCAAAUAAGUCCUGUGCUCAAGUGUUAACAGACUUGUCAAUUUACGCAGCUUAAUGUAAAGGCUGUGUGCAUUAAUUAGCUCUAAACUCUGCGUUAGGUAUUAGGCUAAAUAAAUAAAUAAAGUGAUGGCUUAAUAAAA